AAUAAUAAUUAAAUGCACGUUGCAUUUAUUUAUUUAUUUGAUAAAUAUCAUUUUCUAUCAUUUUUCUCUUCGUUCUUUCUCACCCUAUAAAAUCGCAAUUCCAUCAAAAUCCCAAUUUCUAGGGUUUCGAUUUCCAAUUCAUGGAUUCAUUUAUUAUUAAAAGAUUUAGCUAAAAGAGUUGAAAUUGGAAUAUGGAUUUGGGAAGUGAAUCGGUGGAAGAGAAUGAAGUGAAUCACGAUGAAAAUGGAAUCAAGGGUUGUGAUGAGAAAUCAGGGUUUCAAUUUGAUGGAAAUUUUGGUGUUAAACCAGAUCAAGAAGGAAUUGUAGCUGAAUUGGGUAGUGAGGAAGCUGUGAAUUCCAAAGGGGCACCAAGAAAGGGUGUUGGGUUGAAGAAAUGGAAGAGAAUUAGGAGGAAUGUUGUUAGGGAUCAUAACUCGAGUGCGGAUGAAUCCGGUAAGGUUUUGAAGAGGGGUUUAUCUGGGUCUGGGAAUGUGAAUUUGAGUGAAAAUCUGCGUGGGGUUAAGGAAAAAAACGAUGGGUCUUCGAGCGCGUUUGGGAAUGUAGUGUUUUCUGAUGGGCAUGCGAUCCGGGGUUCUAGUACGGAUUCUAGAUAUGCAGUUGGAUCUGGUUUUGUUGUUGGGACUGAUUCUGAGAAUAGUGAGGAUCGGAGUAGUAAGUCUUCAACUGCAGCUAGUGAGCCGAAGGUGAGGCAUGAGAAAGGCCGUGGUAGUAGGAAUACGAAUUCGAAGAAUUUAGUGAACUCGGCUCAAAAGGUUCAGCAAGGAAAGGGAUGGAUUGAGAGCUCUGCGAAACCUGGAGGUGGUGGAAGAGUUAAGUUUGAGAAGGAAAAUUCUAUUUCCAGUUUGGAUUCAGAUUCGAGAUCCAACUAUAAGCAAGCUGUCUUUAGUACGGUUACUAGUAAUGGAAAACAUAGUGGUAACCCCCAUGUUUAUGAUGGAGAUAAUGAUGGUGAAGCUAAUACUAAUGAACAUUUCACCGAGGAACAUGAAGCUGGUUAUGGCAACGAAAAUGGUGAAGAUGAAGAUCUGCAGGAGAAUUCUGCAGCAAAUCAGUCUUGGGAUGCUCCUGAAGAAAAAAGUGAGAACAACCAGUCUACAAGCGCUGAAGAUCCUUUGAUUGAGUCUAUCAGGAGCCUUCAGGCCGUCCAGGAAGCACUUGAAGAAGAAGUCCAGAAAUUCAGGGAGAUUGAUACUGAAGUUGUCUCACCAGAAGACGACUCAGCUAAGUGUAGCAGUGCAUCUGCUGGAAUCACUGCUGUUGAUCUUGGAUUUCAUAAGUCAUUCUUAUCUAGUCAUUCUAGUGCAGAUGAAACCAAUCAAUCUGCUUCAAGUUCCUUGGAGUUUCAGAUAUCGAGUUUGAAACAACAUGUAAACCUUUUGGAAAGCAAGCUGGGGGAGUUGCAAGGCGUGCUUUCUUCGAAGGAUUCUAGGAUAGUUGAACUUGAAACAGCCUUGAGUAGUGGUAAGUUUCCUAAAGAAGAAUCUGCCAACACCCUAGGUUAUAAAGAAGUAGAGUACGAGAUCGAGGAUCUUUUUAGGCAAAAGGUUGAAGCUGAGGUUGAAUACCUAGCCAUCGCUAAGGUGAUGCAGAACUUGAAGGUUGGGGCAGAUUUACAAUUUACAUUAUUGGAAGAACAAGAGAAACUGUCCGAAAAUCAAGCACAGGUUCUCAACAAGAUCAUAGAUGCAGAGAGUAAGGCUUCAGUGCUGAAGAACAAAGCAGAAGAGUUGGAAAAAUACUGUGGUGAUAGUUUAGUAAUUGAGGAAUCUUUUUUGCUGCAGAAAAGAGUAUGUAAGGUGUCAUUUUAUCUUUUCCUACAGUUCAUGAUGUUAAUCUUGUUCUUUUGUUUUCUUGUGUCACAGUUAUCCCAAAAUUCUGGGGUUGUUGUGCCCACUUAAGCCUGCAAAAUUAGUUUCAUUUUGUGUAUUCUCAAAAGCUUGUUUUUUUUUGUUCAUCUUGAAUGUAAAAUUUCCUUGUUAUAUAGAACUUACCCUUCUUUUUUAGGGUAGGGGAUAGCUUUCAUUUUCUCUCCUUGUUCUACUAUCAUUUUGUGCACAACCUUAAAUAAUUCACUGUAAUUUGAGUUUGGGAAAGAUACUGGAGAUGUUAGAUAUUUAUAAGUGAGAUUUCACAUAAA